UUAAAUGAAAGCUCAUUUAAGAUCCUAUAUGUAAAUCAACCUCUCCUCAGUGUUAUAUUUUUUGGCCUGUGGUCAAUACCAGUGUUGGACAGCCUGUAUAUUGGUGUGUUUGGCUGCUGACCCCUGACCAUGUUGACCCAGACAGGUGAUUAGAGCCAGACAGAGGCACCCAAGGGAAAAUCUUCACAGGAUAAUACAACUCCAACAGUAGAGGCACAAUUGGGGAAAUCUGAACACUCACUAUCAUAACUAAACACUAAAAGGCUUAGCAGUAAAUCUGUCUGGGAAAUGUCCAAGGGCUGGUUUGGUUUACAAAGUGAGCUGACAUCCCUACACCAGGCCACACAGAGUACAAAACUGAACAGUAAAGGGAAGAGGGGCAUUGACCGGUCAGAAUGUUUGACCUCAAGCAGCUAUCCUCAACCCUGGAAUUUAAAAGGGUGUCAUCGCUAUGGAUAUUGUCAGUGUUAUUUGGACUUUUGGUCGUCUACAUUUCUGUGAUACCAUCACCAAUACAACCCAAAUCAUACAUUUAUCCUAAACCUCUGCCUGUGUUGGAGGGAGCCCUACAAAGAAAUAACCUUCUACAGAAAGCCAACAAAUUGUUCGAGGGACAGCUACUUGGCCCAGAGUCCAUCACUGACGAUGGAAAUGGAACAUUGUACACAGGAGCCCAGGAUGGGAGAAUACUAGCCUUCAAUAAGACACACCUCUGGACCAUAACAAGGACAGGACAGGAUGUCCCCGGAUGUGGAUCUUUUGAAAUGGAGCCAGUUUGUGGGCGACCUAAGGGGUUAAAGUUCAACAAGGAUGGUGAACUCCUUGUCCUUGAUGCAUACUUUGGUCUCUUAAAGGUCAAUAUCAGUACCGGUCAGAUAGAGAUGCUGCUGUCCAGUGAAACUGGUAUUGGUGGUGUGCCAUUCUCUUUCCUAAAUAGUCUGGACAUCUCCCAGUCUGGACUUGUGUACUUCACAGACUCCACCACCAGGUGGGGCCGCCGUCACUACAGAUAUGAGGUGAUGGAGAUUAAUGCUCUUGGACGACUGAUAGAGUAUAACCCUGAGACAAAGAUUGCCAGACAACUUCUUGGGAACCUCCAUCUCGCCAAUGGGAUAGCCUUAACACAAGAUGAGUCCUUCAUUCUCAUUGCAGAGAUGAGUGUUUGUCGAUUGACAAGACUGUAUCUCAAAGGACCGAAGGCGGGACAGACAGACAUCUUAGCUGACAAUUUACCUGGUUACCCUGACAACAUCAAAAUAAACAGUCGUGGGAACUUCUAUGUAGGCUUGGGAGCUGUCAGGUACGAAGGUGUCAGUAAAAUUGGACCGUUUCUAGAUCUGGUUGGACCCUAUCCUGGAAUCAAAAACUUCAUAGCUAAGGUGACGCCACUGUUCCUGUUUGAUGUUUUUGUCCCAAGACAUGCAAUCGUACUGGAGUUUACUCCGGACGGCAAGGUCAGCACCAGUCUCCAUGACCCGACCGGACAGGUCACUUCGGCAGUGGGCGAAGCCUUUGAAUACCAAGGCUACCUCUAUCUCGCUCACUUCAAAAGUACAUUUAUAGGACAGAUUGAUAUCAAGGAUAUCCAGUGAAGUAUAUUUACAUAGGACUGGCAUCAGGGAUAUCGAAGUGAGCUUUCCUAGAACAGAUAUCAGGGAUGUUGAAGCGAGCUUACCUAUCACAGAUAUCAGGGACAUUGAAGUAAGCUUACCUAGAACAGGCAUCAGGGAUAUCUAAGUGGGCUUACCUAGAACAGAUACCGGGGAUGUCUAAGUGAGCUUACCUAGAACAGAUAUCAGGGAUAUAUAAGUUAGCUUACCUAAAACAGAUAUCAGUGAUAUCAAAGUGAGCUUACCUAGAACAGAUAUCAGGGAUGUCUAAGUGAGCUAACCUAGAACAGAUAUCAGGGAUGUCAAAGUGAGCUUACCUAG